CAAAAGCUGUCCAUUUCCAUAGCCCUUUAGGCUUUUUAGGGGAUUAGAAGGAGGCAAAAAGAAUGGAGUCAUUGACCUCGGAUUUAGAAGACUUUUAAAACUCCGAACAGCCUCGUCCCUGGAAACUUAUUUGAUCUCUUCCUCUGACUCUGUCUUUUAGUAUUAAUUAUUAGAACCUCCUCGACUUCUUCUUACUCUGCUUGGAUUUCUUAACCAAAAGUUUUGGCAAAAGAGGAGGUCUCUGAUCAGUUUCGGAGCCAAAUUUGCAGAAUACUCUACUGAGAAUUUGAUGAACUCUUCACGUGUGGAGGGCAAUUUAAGUAAUCAGUGGGCUAUUGAUUCCUAAUAGCAAUCCCAAUUGACAAAUUGAUAUUUUAAAGAAGGCCCAAGUGAGGAUAUUGGGUGUUGAAAUUCUGUGUCUUGGAUCUUUGAAGAUGGCUGGGGUACAAGAUCAAUUAGAGAUCAAGUUUAGGUUGACUGAUGGAUCAGAUAUUGGCCCGAAAAGCUUUCCUGUUGCGACAAGUGUUGCAACUUUAAAGGAAAGCAUUCUUGCCCAAUGGCCAAAAGAGAAGGAGCAUGGUCCGAGGACAGUGAAAGAUGUCAAGUUAAUAAGUGCAGGGAAAAUAUUGGAGAACAGCAGAACACUUGGAGAGUGCCGGAGCCCAUUAUGUGAGAUCCCUGGUGGAGUUACAACCAUGCAUGUUGUUGUUCAGGCACCUUCUUUGGAGAAAGAUAAGAAAGCGGCAAACCAAACAAAGAAGAACAGGUGCCUCUGUGUUAUAUUAUGAUUUGCAGUUUUAAUAGUGGAGGUAACAUAAAGUGUUGGAGCUAUUAAGGUAAUGAAAGUUGGUGAUUGAGGCAGAAUUAUGCACAUUUGGUAUAUUUUUUACAUUGUUAAAGUAUACCGGACUCUGUUAUGAAAUCAUAUCUCCAAUUUUUAUCUUGAAAUUUUGUGUCAUGCCUUAUCAAAUUUUCCCAAUCUUACAUCACAUGUAAAAUUUGUCUCGCCUGGCUUUGUAUUCCAAUUUAAUGUUUGAGGCCAUAUGUUGCCCAAGUGCAAGAGCCAGAGAAUUACAUCCCAGAAUUUAUGAGGAUGACCUCCAUCUACAUUUCACUUUUUAUGAUUUUGAUUAUAUAUAUUAUCCUCAAAUAAGCAAGUGAUUUUAUUUU